AUGGAAGCGACCCUUGCAAUUGAAAACACCCCACGCGGCGACGAAGUGAAGUUGCAGGUAGUGCAUACCAUUGAUGCUCUCAAUGUGCACGAGAAUACUCAAACUGAACCUGUCGGAGACAUUGCGGUUACAGAAUCCGUGGCGCAGAAUGUUCAGAGUACACCAGUAAUUGGUAACAACCACCGAGCCAUGGAGUUCGCAGUCGAGCUUCAGUGCCCUCUCAGUGAGACUUCGGCGGCAAACUCCGACAAUUACCUAGCGUUCACAGCCAGGUCGACCAUCGAUAAUAGUAUUGUCACUUGUCUCGGUGGAGAGGAGUCCACUAGAGGCCUUCUCAACUCCGUCCUAUCGUCAAUUUCUGGCAUGUACUCCGAGAUCAUUAACGAAGAGAUCCGACAAGCCCGGGAUGGUUCUCGUCAGAAGGACGCUACAGUGAAUGCGUGUACAUGUUUCACUGGCUCUGAGAAGCCUGGACCUAUUGAGCCUGAGCCUAGCCAAACUGCAGAGAACACCGCAGGAGACCCACAAAAAGAGACUGGCCCUCAGAUUGUGGCACCGGAGGAUAUGGAGGUUUCGCUAUGCAAGAUUGACGAUGUGAGACUGCCACCUUUAGUACAUGGCGCGUGUUCAAUCUCCGUAUAUGACAAAAAACUCCACAAACGCGUCUUCCUCCCUCAUGAUCCCACGAGAGGCGCUGUCGAAGAAGACAGGAGGUUGUCAAGCGACGAGUAUGGCAAGUGGGUGUUGGUACUAAGACGCGUGUUUAACACGUGGAACCCCUCGUCGAGCGAAAGUUUCAUCGAUAUAAAGAGUCCAUUGUUGUUUCAGGUGCUAUAUAAGGCACUCAGCGAUGAAAGAGCAACUCUAGAUGUGGAGUCUUCCUUACCGUGGCCGAACGACGGGGUGUUUCGAUGGGGAGAGCUCUAUGUCAAGCACACAAAUGUGCUGUUGCAACUUGUCGAGGAGAAAUACGCGUCGGCUAUUCGUGAUAUUGAGCACAUGUUUCCCAAAGGAACCACUACGUUCAGGAUCUUGCGAGAAGCAUUCUUUCCCAAGGACAUUAUUGUCGAUGGACAUGCGGACAUACCACGAGCAUACCGAGUCCUGAGCGCUGACAACAGAACCAAUGAUUAUGGAAAAAAAUAUGUCCAUAUCGAGGCCCUGUAUAUCGAUUGCGACGGUCAUGACUUUGGGACGAGGAGGGUGGAAUUCGUAAUUUGGGAAUUCCCAGGCAUUCGCUAUCUGUCUGACCUGGAUGUAUUCCCAUUGAAGUAUCACCCAAACCACCCCCAAGUUGUCGGUGAUUUGGUGGCUCGAGGCCGGCGGUUUGCGGCUUUAAAAGGCCAACAUUUCAAAGCCCACAGAGAUGCAUCGCAGAACAAACUCCGCCGGGUGAUGAUAGAUACUGCCGCUAUGAAACGCCUUGGCUCGUGCUCAAUUAGGGUACACGAUCUUGAGCGUGAACUUAUUGAUGGUCAGCUGACCGAGGAGCAUCUUAUGCUGUGUACCGAUACAAUUCCGGCAUUCUCCUUCGAGGACAAAAGGAGUCGCACUGUGAGCAUUGAUGACGUCGAAGACAUCGUGUUCAACCAGCAGCUUUUUCACCAGCUGGUCCUCCCAGGGCCUACCAAGGAAUUGGUGCGUGUUAUGGUGAAGAGCCACGUCAAUGGCGUGGACUUUGACGACUUUACUAAAGGCAAGGGAAAAGGCCUUAUCAUGCUACUCCAUGGCCCUCCUGGCGUAGGAAAGACAAUGACGGCCGAAGCUGUUGCCGAGUAUAGCCAGCGACCACUGUAUACAGUUACAUCUGGUGAAUUGGGUGCUCACUCCCAAGACCUGGAACAGCACCUAACCCGCGCCCUUGACAUUGCGAAAGCCUUCCGCGCUGUACUACUCCUUGACGAGGCUGACGUCUUCAUGGAAGAACGAUCAACCAAGGACAUUGCACAUAAUGCGCUGGUUGCAGUCUUCCUUCGACUGUUGGAGUACUACCAGGGCAUCCUAAUUCUGACCACCAACAGAGUCAAGAACAUUGACGAUGCGUUCCAUUCCCGUAUCCACAUGACCCUUAAAUACCCGAACCUGAGUGUUGCGGCCCGUGGGAAAAUCUGGCAGAACUUUGCAAUGUAUAUUGGUGGUCUUCAUUUGUCUGAGCAGGAAUACCAUCAGCUGGCACGGCGCGAGCUUAACGGACGCCAGAUCAAGAAUGUGUUUGGACUGUGUAAGGCUUUGGCGAUUGACCAGGGGAAGGAAAUCUCUAUGGAUCUCAUUAUGAUGGUUCUGGAAGUCAUGGAGUCUCAGACGCCCAGACUUGGCACGAUUUAA